UGGCGGCGCCCUUGGCCUACCAUCAUGACCAUGGGCAUGUGUUUCGUGGUUUCGUCGUGAAGAUGAGCACUGCGAGAGUUAUCAAAAUCCAAAUGUGAGACAUCACUACGGCUGACUUCUUAUUUCUGGUGAUUGUGAAUGGGUGCUGUGGUCCACCAGGCUAUCCGCCACUACGAUUUGUGAUCACAAUGCACAGGCGACAAGCAGCAUGUCUUCUGACAACCCUGAGUUCACUGAGGAAAGCAGUUCAUGAUGUAGCUCAAAGACACAGUUGCAUGCGUUGGAUGCAGAAUUCAGCAGUUGGUCAAGCUAACGUGAUCACAGUUCCCAAGAGAAUCAGUGAGAAGAUAGACAGCCUACGUAAAAGCAGGGGUCCCAUCAAAUGGCGAGGCCGCGUUUUCAACGCCCGGCCGGGGAAAGAACUGAUCUCGGCUAAGAGGAAAGAGUUCAACUACUACCAGAACCAGACCUAUGAUAAAUUCAAGCCUCCCAAACUUGCAAGCGAUGGCUGGAAGCACAAGCGCUCCUGCGGGGAUCAUUUUACCAUCCUGGCCUUCCGAGGGAACCCAUCCCUACAAGACAGAGGCGAUUCUGCUGACAAACCCACAACUUUUACUAGUUUCGACCUGAAUGAGAAGCUUCUGCUUGCCCUGGGUAACAUGGAUAUUAAAUCACCUACUAAAAUACAGUCAGCCGCUAUCCCAUCCAUCCUGAAGGGCAGGAACGUCCUGUGUGCCGCAGAGACUGGGAGUGGCAAGACUCUCGCCUACCUCCUGCCCGUCCUACAUAUGUUGCUAUGGGAGACAGCCACUCACGGCCGAGCUACCCAAGCGGGUCGGCCGAGGUGUUUGGUGCUGGUGCCAGGCUGGGAACUGGCUCAACAAAUCAAGUUUGUUGCAGCAUCAUUGUUGAAAGAGACAAGUUUGGUGGCCAGAUAUCUCGACGGUAGCAAAUCUCCCAAGUCCCUCCGCCAUACCUUUCUCACCCCAGCAGAUGUCGUCAUAAGCACGCCUGGUCCUGUCCUGAAUUGCCUCAGACAAAAAUUUAUGACUUUGGAAAGUGCAACCCACAUAGUGGUUGAUGAAUGUGAUACCAUGUUGGACGACAGUUUCUGCAAUACUUUGCUCAACAUUCUGCAGAGAAUGCAUAUAAGCACCAGAUCCCAGUCACAGACGAAACCAUUUGAGGAGACCCAGCUGAUCCUCGCUGGUGCCACCAUGCCAAAACAAGCAGCUGAAACUCUCAAGGACAUCCUGCCUGAGAAAGCAUUGGAGAUCGUAGCCACCACACACUUGCAUCGGAUCAUGCCACAUGUCAGCCAAAAGUUUCUACGUUUACACUCCCAGGACAAAGCUGCCAAAAUCCUCGAAAUUGUGACUAAAGAUUCCAGGCAGAGCAUUCCUGUCAUGAUGUUUUGCAAUGAAGUGUCCACGUGUAACUGGCUAGCUCUGUUUCUCGAGGAGAGUAACAUCAGCGUACUGAGGUUAAAUGGAGACAUGGACCCAGAGAAACGCAAAGGAGUAAUGCGAUCGUUUCAGAAGGGAGUCAGCAAUGUAUUAGUAUCCACAGACAUCGGCUCAAGGGGGAUGGACACAAUUCAGGUGCGGCAUGUAGUGAAUUUUGACUUCCCACGCUUCAUGUCGGACUACAUACAUCGAGUUGGGCGGGUGGGACGAGUUGGCGGUAGUAGCGGUGAUCACGUGACCAGCUUUGUGGUGCACAAGUGGGAUGUGGACCUGGUGCGAAAGAUUGAGAGAGCUGUGAGAGUCCGGGAUGCCCUGCCAAAAGUGAAUGCCAACAUCAAGAACAAGCUGGUACAGAGACUAGUAGAGCAAGAUGACAGUGGCAUCUUCCUCUGAUAAACUAAACAUCCAAUAAACUCUUCAUUGUUUGCGUCUGACUUCCAAACCUGUGAGAUGAUGCUGUCAACAAGUUCUGGAAUGAUGUGAAAUCGGCCUCAGUGCAGCAGUGAUUGGAAGUUGCUAGGAUUGUGAUUGAAUGAAUGACCGUAGAAGUGGACCCUAUUUCUCAAUGCUGGUACAUCAUAAAUAUCGUCUUAACUCAAUAUUUGGAGAUCUAACUUUGAUUUGAGCAAAGACUUUUGCUUAAUAAUUAAAAAAAGGGAUCUAGACUACAUACGAUGUAACCUGAGCAGCAUCAUAAUUGGGUUUAGCAUGAUAGGUGUGUUUUGCGAUUUAAUAUUUUGUCAAUAUUUGUGUAUUAUGUCCACAAAAAUUAGGUAUUUUUCAGUGCAUUGGCACGGAAAUAAAGCAUUUAGUUUGUAUUGAAAUUAUUAGGAAAAGCAUACAUCCAAGCGUCCAUUUCAAAAGACUUUUGCUGUUGUGUAUCUGUUCUACAACCUUAAACUUGCCAAAACAAAAGUGGCUAAACGUUUGCAAAAACACCUACUAAUAAAUCAAUAACCAUCCCGAAAGUAUAGAAUAUGUGUGAAUUCUUACUCUUAAAAUAUUUUCUCCAAAAAGUUUACCAUAUCUGCAUUUUGCAAAAGCUCUGUGUUUUAUUUUUUUUAAUCUGUGAAUAUAUAAUUCUCAGUGAAUAUGUACUUUUUGUUCAUGUGUAAA